AUGCCAGAAAACGACGAUUGCCAAAAUAAUGAAGUCGAACACGUGGCGCCGCGUGUUGUUGUUGUUGUUGAAGACGAAGGCGCGGAAAGCAAUCAAAGCACCAUAAUUAUAGAUGAGAAUUGCCGUAAUUGCGAACGCUAUAGGGAAGAACUAAACAAUCUACUAAUUAUAGUAAACGAAAUGAAAAAGAAACAAGACGAGGACCGGGUAAAUAGCGAAUCUGAAAUGGCGAAAACCGACGCGAAGUUAAAAUCCCUUAUCGAGGACAAUAAUAAAAUGGCGGCGGAAAUACAAGCGUUAAAAAUCAAUGUUGAAGAAUAA